AUGCCAACCAGAGCUCCCAAUAAGAGAUUCAUUCCUGCAACCAGCAGACAUGAAAAAAUCCCAGACUACGAGCCCAACAUCCCAGAGCCCAAAUGCAGAGCAGAUCUUCUCAAAUACUGGAUCAAUCUAUCUCUGGAUGAUAAGACAGCCAAUAAGAUGCUGUGGAUCACAGACGGUGGAUCCAAGGUGUCACGCAUGACAGAUGAUGUCACUUGUCCCGUCUUGGACAGACCAGAGAGAUAUGAGCAUGUCCCUCAGGUUGUUUGCAAAGAAGGCAUCCUGGGCUUUCGAGCUUACUGGGAAGUGAAAUAUUCAGGAUGGGCAGUCGUUGGAGUCACCUAUGAAGGGGCGGGGAGGAGGGGAAGCGAUGGACCCUGUGGGCUGGGAGAGAAUGAACAGUCGUGGGGUCUUGGGUGGGGCGGGUCCCACUACCAGGUGUGGUUCAAUGGCAUUAACACAGAAAUAUGGGAUAUUCCCCAGAGCACAACCAUUGGGGUAUACAUUGACCAUCCUGUUGGUAUCAUCAAUUUUUAUGCAGUGGAUGAAGUAAAGGAAGGAGAAGAGAGGGAGGGCAGAAAGGAGAUCAGACUGCUCCAGCAGGUUAAGAGCUCCUUUAAGGGGAGGAUGUUGGCAGGUUUCUGGCUUGGACAGAAGUCAUCAUGUUUCUUUGUUAAACGAGAGGAGUAAAGCGUGUGAGCGUGUGUUUUCCAUUUCCAUUUUCUUACAUUUCCAUUUAAACUUCAUGUACAAAACAUACCUACAACUGGGAUAAUGCAAGAAGACAAUGAGGACAUCUAUUUCAGUUUUUGUACAUAGAAGUACACAUUUAUCAAGAAGCUGCUACUUGUUGAAGUGUUUGUGUCUGAUUUAUGCGCAUUGUAUUUGUCUAAACUAAAUGGAAAAUAUUGUUUAGUGGAAUAUUUUCUAGCCUUGUGUGCUGUAUAUUCUGGACUUUGUAAGUCAAAAAUAUUAUUUUGUUGGACUCUAUUUAAAUGAAGUUAAUAAACUCACAAUAUCAUUCAAUUACCUUGAACAGAAGUUAAUCCCGAAUGAAGAUGAGGAUGACUGCAGUCUUGAGUUGUUUUAUUUAAGACUAAAGUUGAUAAUAAAAAGUAUAACUUAUAGCUUACUUGUUAU